AUGGGAGGGCCUUGUCCUUCCUCCAGCUCUGACAUAAAACAGUUAUCAGGAACUCGCCUUGAGGGAAGGGGGGGGCCCCUUGAGUUGGGGCGGUGCCUCCCAGUUUCCCACGCAAGCCCGGAGCCCGCCGGCUUCCUGAGCCGUCCCGUUGGGGGGCGGGGGGCACCCCCCUCGUCUCCAUCCUGCUCUCGAAGCUUCUGCCCAUGGAGGGACUCUCUGGCCACCUCCUCCGCCGCAGUCCAGCUCUCUGAUUUUGUAGCCACUUUAUCCCCAGCCUCACAAGCCCUGCCUGCACCUGCCCUCGCCCUGGGCGCCCUGCCAGGCCCCACUCACAUUCCAUCUGCCCUUGUCUGUGCCUGGCUGAGGAGGGCCACCUGCCCGCCGACUGUCCACCUGCAUUCCGUUCCCAGCCGGCCUCGUCCCUUCACGCUCACCUUCCCGUCCCUGCCUCGUCCUGGGUCUUCCUCUCGCCUCUUCUUUCGUUUGGAGUUUCCCACCAGCCGCCGGGAGUGGGUUGCCUGA